AAACUUUCCACCAUCUUUGUUCAGGUUCGGUAAAGAGAAAGAGUUGUGGUGAUCGCCUCUCGUUUCAAUCCGAACUAGGCCAAACACUUGACUCUCGUUCGGCUUCCGAAUAUGCCUGGGGAUCCAGAAACACUGGUCAAACAGCGUAUUGCGCAAAUAGAAGAAAUCUGUGAACGACGAAGCGCGCUCCUUCGCGAAAUGUAUCAUUUACUCAAGAAAAGAGAGAACGUGGGGACAGUCUUGAAUUUCGACAGCGGGGAGGAAGGGGACCUUCACGUUUUCUUGAAUAAAUUUCAGAUGAAGUCCGACCCACCGCACAAUUAUUUCACCUCCACUCCGGAAAACGAGUUGUUCUCUUUGGCUCCAGCGGAAGUCAAAACUUCAAGUCCUGCCUCCUCACCCUCAUCUUCCAUCGCCAAUGUUGAGUCUGCGCUGAGAAGCAGAUCUGUCUCAUUAAAGCCCUCUUCGCAAGUUGUAGUUAGCAAAGAGAGCCCAAGGUCCCCGGCUAUUCCUCCUCAAGCUGAAUCCGACGAUGAACUUGAUUUAAUUGGCCCUUCAGGACCGGUUUCGUCAUACAAUAGUCCGCCCUCCACACGUUCCGAUCCAAUUGAAAUUUCGAGUGCUCCAGAAGUGGCACAGGUGCUACCUAUUGGUGGAGACCGCGAGGAUGACGAUGCUGUGGAAGAUAUGAAUCAUAUUACACGAAGCGUUUCACCAAAAGUUCAGCCUAGCUUUGAGGCAGAGGAAACCAUUCAUAGUGUGGCAUCGUUCGCCUGUCCUCCUCCUUCGCCGGAUCAGCAGCAGGUCGAGGUUCCGUUAGCGCUAAAAGAUGGGGAAUCACGUUCACCCUCAGCAGACGCACCAGAAGACAAACCAGAAGUCAGUGGCGGACACGAUACGCCACCGCAAGCCCAGAGCCAUGAGGAUAAUAUGGAUGUAGAUCAUGAUGAAAGACCCCCUGCUCCCAAGGAAAGCACUCCUCAAUCAAACGACACACACCCAGAUGUGGAAAUUUUUCAAGAGCAGCCUUCAGCAGUUGACGCUAAGGACAGGAUGAUCGUUGACGAAACCAUAGACACUUUCCCCCAGCCGAGAGAGCGCUCUCCGACCCCUGCAUCUCCAAUCGCUGUAGCGGAGCCGACAAUCAGACCGAAAUUAUUUAUGAUAUCCGUCGAUUCGAAUCCAGAGCCACUUAUUGAAUAUUCUCAACCUUCUUCCGUGUUCGUACCUAUUCCCUCUUCCUCUUACCGUUCUUGGAAUAGUGUCCAAUUCCCGGCAGACUCUUCUGUCGAGAAGGAGCAAGCCCCUGCCUCGACACCUUCUCCUGGUCGGGUGAGGUUUGACGUCGCAUCCGCAUCCAACUACCCAUUACCGCCUCUCAAGUCACUCCCUAUCGAAUUCAAUCCAAAUAAGAAGGGGAAGCAUGCUAAACAGAGGAGAAAAGAGCGCGAAAAAGCCGAAAAAGCUGGCGGUCAGGUGAACAAAGAAGAAUGGACUCCUUGGGGCUUCAAUCGUUGGGUCAUCACCAUCAAAACUAACCCUCUUUACAAGCGAGUUUCCAAGUCUACUAAAUGUCUUAUGACGCGUGAUUGGAAUGUUGCCAUGAAUGAGCUUAGACUCUUACGCACCGCAGAGCGAGUAGAGUAUCUAAAGGCCAAGGGACGCUGGAGUUUUAGGCAACCCAAGAAGCAGCGUGGCGUAGGCGGAUCAACAAAGACUCACUGGGACUACCUCUUAGAAGAGAUGAAAUGGAUGCGCACAGACUUUAGGGAGGAGCGUAAGUGGAAAAUGGCAUUGGCCUAUAAUCUGUCAACUGCUGUGUUAGAAUGGCACGCAGCCAGCAGCCUGGAGGAAAGGGUCAAGCAGGGAAUAUGUGUUCUUUGGAAACCUCCGCGUCGAGGUACUCGAUCAACGGAUGAUGCGGCUGAUGCGGAAAUGGUUUACGACUCUGCAGAGAACGGGCAUGACAACGCAGAUGCACAGCCUUCUCCUGAAAAGUCGGUUGUUGACUAUGGUUCGGAUGACGAUGAGGAUGAAGAUCAAGACAAGGAUCUUCAGAGUGUUGUUGACACUCUCGAUGCCGCUGCCAUACUGGAGGAAUCUCUCGCCAUGCAAGAGAACGGGCAGUCCGAUGUAGGUUUAAAGGAUCUAGAACCGAAAAGGGAAGAAAUCGACGAUCCCCACGCAUUAGAAGACACAAUGGUCGUCGACUCAAUCGAAUCAUCAGGCGCGCAACAGACAAUCCAGAAAACUGAAAGCGGAUCCAACAAUGUUUCUUCUGGUCUCAAAUCCACAUCCAAUGACCCCGUCCUCGGAUCUAAAUCCAAUACACACUCUUCCGAACCCGCUAAUCAUCAGUCGAAAUCGCACAAAAGGAAUUUGUAUGCACCUAUACGGGAGCAGGUCGCGUAUUCCGAGAUUGACAAGCUCUUCUUGGAUUUGGAUGACUUUCAUAUCUCAGGUACCGACCCCCAGGAUGGUCAGCUUUCUCAGCUGGUACUUCCAACGACCGAUGUCUCAGAAAUAUUCCCAGAUAUGCAGCCUUAUGGCCUGCUUAAUGUCGCUCUGCCUGUCAUACCUGAAGGAAAAAGGAAGUCAGACAAAAAAUCCGAGCAGGACCCUAAUAAAAGGGUUGACGAGACAGAAAGAACCAAACUCCUUCCGGCCUCGAGAUUCAUGCAUAUAAAACCGACUUUGAUUAGUGCUCUAGAACCAGCACAUCACUUCAAGGACGGGCGAUGGCUCUCUUUCGACGAUGCACCUAUUGCUGUUGACUACGAAGGUCCUCCAAUGCGGGCGUUCAACGAAGACUUUGCAAAUAAACUUUUUGACAAUAAGCCUCUUCCAAUUCAAAUUGUCACCCCCGCGAUUCCGUCGAUAACAAAUGCACAGUCACCUGUCAAAGACAAGACUAAGGACAAACGAUCUAUUGACCAUUUGUGGACUGCAAACGACGACGCCCUCUUGAAGUCUCUGAUUGAAAAGUACCCUAAUAACUGGGAACUGAUCGCAGGGUGCUACAACGCUACCAGGAAGGUAGUUUCUACGGAUACUCGUACCUCGCGCGACUGUCAAGAGCGAUGGAGGCAGCUUUGGGAGCAGGAGCAGGGGCGACAACGACUGGAGUCUGAUGGAACCUCGCCACCAGGAUCAUCUAGCACCGCCAUGACAACACGCGGCGUGAAGCGAUUAGCGAGUACCAGUGUGUCCAGCACCAUUGCCCCUGCCGGUAGCGAGCCAAAGAAACGACGGAGGCACUUGUUGAUUCAUGAGACGAUCCGUAAAUCAGUCAAAAAGCGGACGGAGUCAGCCCAAAAAGCUAAUGUGAAAAAGCCACCCGUCCUUCACGAUACACACAUUGCGUAUAACAAGUUGCCGAAAUAUUCUCCAGCUGAAUUGAGCAGGAUGAAAGUUGAAUCAGAGUUGAGACAAACUCAAGAGAUGCAGCUAAGAAACCGGCUCAAUGGGCAGCAAGUCCGUCCACUGACCGGACAGCAACUUCCCCAGCCUGUUGCCGUAACCGGAACCGCGCCUGCCAAUGGAGUGAAUCGACCUGCAGCGAGUGCUCCGGUCCUGCCUAAUCAAAACGUUGUACCUACGAUGAGAUCUCAGCAAGCCCAAGUCCCUAUAUCCCAACAGCAACGUGCCACCACACCCCUCAUCGCCAACCAAGCCCGCAUGUCACCUCAGCAGCAACAUCAACAUCCACUCCUCCAGCAGGUUCAGCAAGCUCGACCACAGCAACCGCAAAUUCAACAACAGCAACAGCUUGCUCUUUCUCAACAGCAGGCACUUGCUGCAGCAUUAGCACAAGUGCAAGCGCAGAAUGCCGCUGCAGUAGCAGCAGCCGCCAACGGCGGAGGAACGUCUGCUACUCCGAUUAUCAACGGUACGGGCAGUGCAGCUCAAAAUCCACAUUUACCUGUUGCAUACAGCAGUGUUACUUCUGCAUCUCGAGAUGCUACAUCCUCACCUGCACAUACCUCUCCUCCUCCCUCACGUACUUCAGCCACACCUGUCAGCAAAAUGGCACCAUCGGAGCGAUGGGAAUCUCUCGGGGUGGAUAUUAUUUGCAGAACGUGACCUAUUCUCAGGAACAAAUCCAGAUGUUGAUGAUGCAGAUGUACCAACAUCAACAACAGCACCAGCAGCAACAGCAGCAACAGCAGCAACAUCAACAGCAACAGGGCGGGCAGCAACAAAAUGCUGGAUUCAAUUCCAAUGCACAGACCUAAUGAGGUUUAUGCAGGGUGUUGGGAUAAAUUUAGAGGUAUCAAUGCCGGCCUUUUCUUGAAACGUAUGUAUCGCGUAGUGGCUAUCUUGGUGUAUUAUUAGUAAAAUCGUUCUUUCAUUUCCAAAUCAACUGAUCAUCG